CGAGUCGAGCGCGAGAGACAGAAGCGUGAACUUGUACGUGAUCGUUUGUCCGCGUUCGACGGAUCUUUCAAAUAGCGUGCGUGCAAUCGGCGGACGGUACACGAUUAAAAAGAAGCAUAUUCGUAUAAUCAGUUCGGAAAGGAACGUUUUAGAAAAUCUGGGACGUUGAGACCGUGAAGGACAGCGGUUAAUCCGGGCCUUGUGUACAGGCACACAAUAGCCGAUCGGGCAUACUGGUGACACGACUGCGGAUUUUCCUUAGUCAAGAGAGAACAUACGAAGCUCGUAAAGUGCAUGUGCUUGUGUGCGUGUCACUGGAAAGAGUUCAGAGCCGCUUCGGCGGCGCUCCCAAAACUAACCGCAGAAUCGAGUCUGCGGUGGUGAGUCGUGGUUUUAUCGGAGCACGAUUGAGUACGAUCGCGAUCGCACGCGGCGGGGUCGUUUGUAAUGGAGGAGGUUUCGGAGUGUAUUCCCGUACGACAGAACAGUCUUGGCGAUGCACGCCGUAUCGACUGAGACGCGAUAUUUAUCUUUAACCGUUCCUCCCGGCCGGCCGGGCAAAAGAGGCAGGUCGAAAUUGGUAUGGAAUCGUCCAGGGUCCUCGACACUUAGAGAACACUCGUUCCCGUCUGUGAUAAACCACUAGCCGCAUAGAAGGAGAUAGAAGAAGGGGAUAAAGGAAGAGAAUAAGCUGGUGUGUGUUUCGCGCGUGUUCUCGUCUGCCCUCUUCAUCUUGUAUUAAGUGUAAACAUUUCCUGAAAUCCGCUGCUAGGUUAGGAUAGCAUGGGGAUUGAUCCCCUGAAGGCAUCGACCGACGAACCGUGACACCUGCGACUCGCCGUACGGUGUUCUGUGCGUGCAUUGCUUGUGUGUGCGUGCGUGUCGUGUCGUGCGUGCCUUACGUGUGUAUGCAUCCUCCCAGGAAGCCGUUGGAGUUAUAUUUCCAUCGGCGACCGUCCAAGGGAAGACGACCAAAGAAGAAAAUAUGUCAAGAAUGGGGAUCGAUCCCCGAGAAAACGUACAUCGUCACCGUUAAUCGACCGGACAUACGUCGGGAAUUUUCUUCGUCGUUCAAUCGAGACUUUCUGUCACGUUAAACAGAACUGUCGCGGAUACUCUGCCACGACAGAGGACACUGGCAACAUGCAGAAAAGAGACGGUAGGGAUACACGCGAGAAGGAGCUCGCUCGUAGCUCCGAGCGCGAACAGGAAGCCGCGAAGAGAAUCUCUCGCGGUAGCGGUAAUCCUGCCAGAUCCAACGUGCAUUCCUCCAGGCAUAGUGUCACUUCGUCGUCCAAUGUACUCAUGGUCGGGCCCAACUUCCGUGUCGGCAAGAAAAUUGGCUCUGGUAAUUUUGGAGAACUUCGACUGGGGAAGAACCUCUACAAUAACGAGCAUGUAGCAAUUAAAAUGGAACCAAUGAGGUCGAAGGCGCCGCAGCUACACUUAGAAUAUAGGUUUUACAAAUUAUUAGGUACACACGAAGGUAUACCGGAGGUAUACUACUUCGGUCCAUGCGGGAAGUAUAACGCUUUAGUGAUGGAACUUCUCGGACCGAGCCUGGAGGACCUUUUCGACCUGUGCGGUAGGAGGUUUACCCUGAAGACCGUUCUCAACAUCGCCACACAACUUCUUCAUAGGAUAGAGUACGUUCAUAGUCGACACUUGAUCUACCGUGAUAUCAAGCCGGAAAACUUCCUGAUAGGACGAAGCACAACCAAACGCGAGAAGGUUAUUCACAUCAUUGAUUUUGGACUGGCCAAAGAGUACAUAGACUUGGAGACGAAUAAACACAUACCAUACCGGGAACACAAAAGCCUGACGGGCACGGCGCGUUACAUGAGCAUCAACACGCAUCUUGGAAAAGAGCAGAGCAGAAGGGACGACCUGGAGGCGUUAGGACAUAUGUUCAUGUACUUCCUGCGCGGUAGCCUUCCUUGGCAAGGAUUGAAAGCUGACACGUUGAAGGAACGAUAUCAGAAAAUCGGCGACACGAAGCGGAAUACACCGAUCGAGGUACUCUGCGACGGUCAUCCCGAAGAAAUGGCUACGUACUUGCGAUACGUUCGUAGAUUGGACUUCUUCGAGACGCCCGAUUACGAGUACCUGAGGAACCUCUUCCACGACCUCUACGAGAAACGAGGUUUCGUCAACGACGGCGAGUUCGAUUGGACCGGCAAGACGAUGCCAUCCAACUUCGAACAACUUAGAGCUCUCAGGAUGGCUCCUCCUUCUCAUGUUGGCAAGACUAAAUCCGAUAAGUCUACGCCUGUUGGAUCCUUGCAGACUGGACAAGAAAUUAUCGUAUCACCGAAUCGUGAUCGGCAUCCGUACAAGGAUGUGACAGGUCCAGGGGUGGGAGGCGGGGGUGGUAAAGGGGUGGGAACCACGUGGCCAGAUACUGUGAAGCAAUCAGGAGCUGGUGGUACAUUGACACCUGCUGAUAGGCACGGUUCUGUACAGGUGGUGUCUUCGACGAACGGAGAAUUAGCCAACGAUGAUCCUACCGCAGGACACUCGAAUACACCAAUAACAGCGCCUCAGGAAGUGGACAUGGUGGACGAAACCAAUGUUUGCUUUAUUUGCAGAUGCUGUUGCUUCUUCAAACGGAAGAAGAAGAAAAGUGGAAGACAAAAGUGACUGUCUGUUAUCGUCGAUCUUAGGGGGGCAGUACAGUGUGCGUGUAAUAGUACAUGUGAUGUUGGGAAACGUGUCGCUGCAGUGCGAAUCGGUGGAAUAGAAGAUGAUAAGGUGGACAGAGAAGCUGCAGACGAUCCGGAAAGGGGGCCCGUUACUUUGCUACGUGCCGGAAGUCGGCCCGCUUCUCAGGAUUCGGUGGUGAACACCAUCGUCGCAAUGUCGUCGUGCCGUCGACCUUAUCAAAUGAAACAACAACCAGACAGCCAUCGUUAUUACUGCUACUACUAUUGCUAUUAUUCUCAUUAUUAUUAUUAUUACGAUUAUUAUUAUUAUUAUCAUCAGGAUUAACUUUGCUCUUCUUCUUUUUCCUCUUGAUUAUUAUUAUUAUUAUCAUUACUACUAAGAUUAUCCUCUAUUAUUAUUCUUAUCAUUAUUAUUUUAUUAUUCUUAUUAUUAUUAGGAUCGUACGAUUUAUCAUUGUCAUUACGUGUACGAUAAUCGCUUAAUGGUUAAACAUCGUUGUCAAUGUCGAUGUUACCGAUUGUAAAACACUGUAAACCUGUCACUGCUGAUCGGAUUGUUUAGCGGCCGGGAAAUCGGUUCCACCUACGUGUGUAAGAAUUAGAAGAAGGAAUUGACGUGCCGAUGGUGAAAGAACGUGUUUGUGCCUACGACUCUCUCUCAUCUUGUACCACACACUAUGGCGGUCUUGAAACAACGCCGUUGUUAGUUCGUUGUUACAUGUAUUACGAUGCGUGUAUUAAAUCGUAAAUCAAUCCAAGCUGAGAUCUCAUUUUACAAAAUAAAAGAAAAAUAUAUCAAACUCUCCCGGAUUAACGAACGUACCGUGUUCCCGCUUGUAUCGAAGUUUAAACGUAAACAGAAUUUUUCAAGUCCGAUCGACUGGAAAGGCAUGAAACCGAAAUGAUAAAGACGUUUAAUUUAAGAUCGUUUUAGUAUUCUUGGUUCUUUUUCCUCAACGAUCACGAGUCCAUAAUUUAGACUUUCUUAAAAUGUUCUUUUCCUCCCAAAGAGUGUAUCAAUUGUUCAAACGAAUGGUUCUUUUUUUUUUUUAUAGAAUUUAUAACAGUAUUAUAGCUUUUUUCAUUAGAUAACUGCGAACAUCGCGCUGUAAUCACGCUCACCGUAUUUUAGUUAAUUCCUCGUCUUCUUUUUUUAAACUAAUUUUAUUUUUAACAACGAUUUCUUAUGCCCACACUGCCUAUCGUUGUUCUACGUAAGCACAGAAUUAUAUACGAAACUUGACUGUACGUAAUAUAUCCGAGAGCUAUUUUACUGCGAAGCUACUUUACAUUUUCGUUGAUCAUGUAUCAUUUAACGAGCUUCAUCGAAGCGGCUGUACGAGUCUUUUAAGAAGAGAAUCGAUAUUUCGGUUUCAUGCCUUCCGUGCAAUUACCUUGUAAUAAAAAAAAAACGAGUUACACGUCGCAGAAAUAAUUGAAAUCACAUUUUAUAUAACAUAUCGAAACGAGGAAGCAAAAAAAGAAGAAUUAAUGUCCGUAGAUCGUAUUAUCUACUCGUGAAAAAUUGAAUAGAACUUAGAUCAACAAUUGUAUACUGUAAUUGAUACAGUUGAUCCGUGUUCUACCAGAAAACGCGAUGAUUCAAAAUCAUUUCUUGAAUCAACCGUCUAUUGCAGAGGAAUUUCUUUUUUUAUCCUUGGAACACGCGUGUUAACACAUUUAGAUGAAAUUAUAUUAGAAAUGUAACGAAAUGAGAACCAAAGUAUGCCUGUAAUUGAAUAUAUUUACGUCAAUAUAGGUUUUUGAUUUUAAAAUUCAAUCAUUUUACCAUCCGCGUUAUAAACAACAGAAUUUCCUUCGAAUGUUAAUUACUGAUUGCUAAAACAGAGAAAGAUGAACUUUGCGAAGUGUUACACAAAAAUUCCUAUGGGUGAUUCUCAAAAAAGCACUCUAGCAAUGAAGAGAUACUUAACGCGAAAUUGAAGAAGAAGAAGAAGAAGAAGAAAAAGGAGAAGAAGAAAAGGAUCUUUGUCAGCCCUGCCGAUUAAACGAACAAGAAAAAAAAUUAUCAAUCCUACGAAGUUUUGUUACAAAUUUCCAACGAUCUCUGUCAAAACUAUAACUGUUAGAAAUCUUUCGAUAAAUGUUUUUUUUUUUUUUCUUAAUACUCGAACGAAAUCUGUCGCAUAUUCAAGGACUCGCAAUUGUUCGUUUAUUUGCAGACUGAUAAAUAACAAACUGAUCGAAACACGUGUUAAUAUGAAAUUCAUUACAUCUCGAAGUUAGAAUAAUCCCUGAUGGUACAUACGUGUUUAGAACAUAAAACGAUAUAGAAUUUAUUAUGAUAACUAUAACGCGUUGUCACAAAACGUCCUUUUAUUCUUUGCUAAUCGUUUAUUAUCGAGAACAUGGAUAUACAGAGAGAUAGCUUUUCUAAUAAAAAAAAAAGAAUGACAAAAAAAAAAAAAUAAAUCAUGUUCAUAU